UCUUAAAGAAAUUCUCAAAGAAAAUCGCGUUGAUUUUUCAGGAAUUGUCGAGAAAUCCGAACUUGUUUUAAAGGUGAAUCGUAUAGUCGAGGCUACUAAAGAAGAGUUGGCUACCGAUGUUGACGCUCUGAGUGAUGAUGCACUAUGUAAAAUUUGUUGCGAUGCUGUACAAAAUUGUGUUGUUUUGGAUUGUGGUCAUAUGAGUACUUGUAUGGAUUGUGGGAAAAAGAUGCAAGAGGCAAGAAACGAAUGUCCAAUUUGUAGAGAAACGAUUGUUAAACUUAUCAGAGUAUAUAGGGCAUAA